AUGAGGCGACUUGUCACGCAGCGCCCCCACGCGUUUCGCUGCAGAGCACAUGCUUCUGUGGUCAUCGUCUGGUUUCUCGCACUUUUCCUUUACGGCCCCUACGGUGCGGUAGGGUUUGGGACGAAGGUUGACGCGGAAGAUCGCGAGUGUUUUGUCGAGUCCCUUGCGGCCGGGGGAUCUCUCGCAUUUACAUUUCGCGUGACGGACGGCGGCUCUUUUGAUAUCGAUGCCGUCAUGUACGCCACGACGGUGGCCCCACUGAACAGCGUGGAAGAGACAACACGGUUGCACUACAGUGAGGCUCUCAUAAAGAUGCGGGAAAACACAACAACAGUCAUCGUGAACGAGUGGAGACGGGCAAACGAAGGCAGCCAGUCGUACACCGCCCCCAGUGCGGCGGAGACGAAACACGGGCUGCCGGCGGAGAUCACCGUGUGCUUCGACAACUCGUUUUCGAGGCUGUCACCGAAGUGGCUACUGUUUCAGUUCCUGAAGCGCGACGUGCCUGAGGUGGACCCCGAGAGCACCACCCGGGCUGAGGCGGAGAUCGAGACCAAACUCCAUAAGCAUGGAACGGUGCUGUUCGAAUUGGCCACCGCGGCCGAACGGAUGCGGCAAAUGGGGGAGUCAAACCGCGUGAGGUACGAGUCACUUGCCAGCAUCGUCAUGGUUGGAUUGGUAGGGAACAUUGUCAUUCUGGCCCUCAUGGCAGUGUAUCAAUACAUGACUCUCACCCGCUUCCUUAUCCGCCGCCGCGCAAAGUGA